CGACAUUUUGACACAGUCUGGUGACGGACUAACCUACCCCUAACGUUGGACAUGCCUAGAAGUUAGAACUACGUGUAUGCAUGCCGUGCAUGAGACAAGGGUCAUCAUGUCCCAGUCUGGUCAGCAGCGAGCCUUGCCGCCGGUCAAGGACAGCCUGCUGAAGUCUUACUUGCGGCAUCUCCAUAACGACGUGCAGUCCAUCCAGGAAAACUUCACAGAGAUACUGAAAUCGGCAAAGGUGGAGGAGGAAACACAAGUGGCGAGACAGACCCAGGGGGAGCAAGACCAAAAUGAGAUGCACGUCAGAGCGGCAAAUAUUGUCCGAGCGGGCGAGUCACUGAUGAAACUGGUCUCAGACAUCAAGGAGUUCCUGAUCCUGAACGACUUUCCCUCAGCCAACGCAGCCAUUGGCCAGCGGACCCAGUUCCUACACAACAUUCAGGCGGAGGUGGACAGCAAGAUCAUGCAACUCAGGGACGAACUGUCUCUCAAUCUUUAUGAACUCGAGGAAGAAUAUUACUCCUCCCGAUUUAAAUGAAAACAGCUUGAAAAGCAGGCCCUGUCCUAAUUUUCUGGGCUGCGGCUGGGGAUAACAUGCGUGUCAAUGGAAAGUGAUUGCAGCUGUUAUCUGGUGGCUUUCAUAUAGGAACAUACGCUGUGUUUAGCCAUAGCCACAACAUUUGGACGUAACAAUGAUCACUGGGGAAGAAGAACAGGUUGAGGGCUCUGUGGCCCAUCGACGACAGCCAAUGAAGAGAGAGCCUCUUGGAAAUACUGGGGUGAAAGUGGAAGUGGCUCAGAAGUGUUUGUGACCAGCAGUCAAGUUAGAAAAUGAAUGCGUACAAAUGAAGAGUCGUUGCUUUCACAAGACGGGCUCCUGGAUGUCUUUUUGACACCCUGGGGGUCAGGUCUUUAACUUUGUGGACUGCCCGCACAUUGUUGGUUUGAAAACCUCAGCAACUUGGAUGUCUCGUUUGUCCAAUUUCCAGGCAGACUUGGAUGCCCAAUAUUUUGUAUUCUGGCAACAACCUUCACUUGACAGGGUUAAGUUACAGGACAGAACUUGACUUGACACUUGACUUUUUGAAUGAAUGAAUUUUAUGAAUGCCAUAAGUUACUUUGUAAUAAAAUGUGAUGUUCCUUUGACUGAAAAAACAAAACGAAGCAAGA